AUGGCCAUCACCAAGGUUCACGCUCGCUCCGUCUACGACUCUCGCGGUAACCCCACCGUCGAGGUCGACAUUGUCACCGAGACUGGCCUCCACCGCGCCAUUGUCCCCUCUGGUGCCUCUACCGGUCAGAGCGAGGCUCAUGAGCUCCGCGACGGCGACAAGUCCAAGUGGGGUGGCAAGGGUGUCACCAAGGCUGUUGACAACGUCAACACCAUCAUCGGCCCCGCUCUGAUCAAGGAGAACAUUGAUGUUAAGGACCAGUCCAAGGUCGACACCUUCAUCAACAGCCUCGAUGGUACCCCUAACAAGACCAAGCUGGGUGCCAACGCCAUCCUCGGUGUCUCCCUGGCUGUCGCCAAGGCCGCCGCUGCCGAGAAGGGCGUUCCUCUGUACGCUCACAUCUCCGACCUUGCCGGCACCAAGAAGCCCUACGUCCUUCCCGUUCCCUUCAUGAACGUCCUCAACGGAGGCUCCCACGCUGGUGGCCGCCUCGCCUUCCAGGAAUUCAUGAUUGUCCCCAGCGCUGCCGCCAGCUUCACCGAGGCCAUGCAACAGGGUGCUGAGGUCUACCAGACCCUCAAGGGCCUUGCUAAGAAGAAGUACGGCCAGUCCGCCGGCAACGUCGGUGACGAGGGUGGUGUUGCCCCCGAUAUCCAGACUGCCGAGGAGGCCCUCGACCUCAUCACCGACGCCAUCGAGAAGGCUGGCUACACUGGCAAGGUCAGCAUUGCCAUGGACGUCGCCUCCAGCGAGUUCUACAAGGAGGAGGAGAAGAAGUACGACCUCGACUUCAAGAACCCCGAGUCCGACCCCACCAAGUGGAUCACCUACGAGCAGCUCGCUGCCCUGUACACUGAUCUCGGCAAGAAGUACCCCAUUGUCAGCAUCGAGGACCCCUUCGCUGAGACGGACUGGGAGGCCUGGUCCUACUUCUACAAGACUCAGGACAUCCAGAUUGUCGGCGAUGACCUGACUGUUACCAACCCCCUCUUCAUCAAGAAGGCCAUUGAGCUCAAGGCUUGCAACGCCCUUCUGCUCAAGGUCAACCAGAUUGGUACUCUGUCUGAGUCCAUCCAGGCUUCGAAGGACGCCUAUGCCGACAACUGGGGGGUCAUGGUCUCCCACCGCUCUGGCGAGACCGAGGACGUCACCAUUGCUGACAUCGCUGUCGGUAUCCGGGCCGGCCAGAUCAAGACUGGUGCCCCUUGCCGCUCUGAGCGUCUGGCCAAGCUCAACCAGAUCCUCCGCAUUGAGGAGGAGCUCGGUGAGCUGGCCGUCUACGCCGGCAAGAACUUCCGUACUGCCGUCAACCUGUAA